CUGUGGUGCCUUCGCUGGAGGAUACUUGCGUCCGUUGGAUUGCUAAAAACCUCACUCUCGUUACCAGCAGACAGUCAUGCGGUACCGAUUCCAAGUGCUUUUGGCUGUUCCCCAAUAGCAGCUACCGGAUAUCCGCCCGACCAGCACAGAAAAUCCUCCAGAAACUUUGCAAAUAUGGAAUAAUAAAGGAUGAACACAUGACUCUGUUCUCAUCCCGAUACGUGGAUCUUAUUUCUCCAGUCCUGAAGGAGGCGCCCGUUACGCCUGCUGCUUUGCGUGUUCUUCGCGAGUUUGAGUUGUAUAAUUUGACAGCCACAAACCUCAAGGAAAUGAAUCUCAACAGUCUUAUCGGAUGCUUAGGAGAGGACACAGCUGAAAACUUGGUCUCUCUAAAUGUGUCCGGCUUAUCGAUUAUGGAAAAUAAAAUACCAGUUGUGGUCUCACUUGGCCGCCUGAGAAAGCUACAAAUACUAAAUGUUAGCAAGACUAAAUUCACGAAUGAAUGUCUCCAAACGUCCGUCAAAUGUCUUCCACAUCUUCGAUUUCUUAAUAUCUCCCGCACGAACAUAGACUGCAUAACUGCCUUACUUCCUCUUCAAAAAAGUCUAACUGGGCUUAUUAUGCACCGACUGCACUUAAAAACUACCAAGGGGAUGCUUGAGAACAUUCUUAAUGUCAUUUUACAACUUCGCGAACUUCGUGUUUUGGAUGUAUCUUCAGAAUCCCAGAGAAUUGAGGUUCAUGUGUCCGGUGUAGAAAUUUUAUGCUCUGGCCAAGCCCUUCCACAUCUCACGCAUAUUGACCUUUGUGGAAAUCCUUUUGGUUUAUCGCUGGCGGAUGUCGCAAAUCUUAUUCAAAAUCAUCCUCAUUUGGAAUUUGCUGGUCUUGCGGCAUGGCCGCAGCGCCACAGGCACGAAUUGGAGGGAAUAUAUCAACUGACAUUGAAAUAUCCCCACAUCACCAUGCUAGCCGACCGUGGCCAAAAGCCGCUGUUGGCUAUUCUCUUGCGUAACAAAGACAGACGUCAGUACUUACAAACCGCCUUUCACAAUAUUUUUGAAGAGACUAGUUCACGUGAAUGGCUCGAUCCCGAGCUGUUAGCAGUAAGUCGCUAUCUCAUUGUUGUUAAUACUUCUUCGUCGAAAUAUAUGUUGGGCCCUUUUGAAAAAUACGCGUAUUUCUUUUGA